AUGGCUGCUGGAGGUACAGAACUUACCAAAGGUGCCAGAGGUGCCAAACAUGCCAAAUAUACCAAAGAUACCAAGGAUACCAAUGAUAACAAACAUGGCAAAGCUGCCAAGAGAAAACUACCAGCUAAAACAGCCACGAACUCUACACGGCCCAAGAAAAAGUUCGAGGAGAAGAUAAACAUUAUGUUUAAGCCAAUCGACGAAUUGAUUGACUUCUUACAGACUGCAGAGAUCCUUAUGUAUAGACCUGGAGAGCUAGAAUAUGAGCGAACCGUUGUGAACCCAAAUCUACUAUACCGCUACUCAAGACCGCAAGUCGUCGUGCAGCCAGAGAAUGCUACUGAAGUUCAGUACAUUGUCUACCAAGCAAAGCAAUUGAAGAUACCGAUGACGAUCAAGAAUGGCGGGCACAGUUACUCGGGCUCCUCAGCUACCGAUGCGGGAGUCUUGUUAGAUCUCCUCAACUUGAACGAGGUUCAUCUUGAUAUGGGGUCCAAGACGAUGACUAUAGGAGGUGACACCAUUAGAAGUGUCGUAUCUGUUACCGAACAAGAACCAAGAAGCUUCAAACACCAGUUUCAAGGAGAACGUGUAUUAGCGUCAUUUACAUUCAUUCACUCCGGAGGCGUGGGUAGUAGGAGGGAGGACUCGGACACGGCUUUCCGAUGGCGAAAAUCUGUUUACCACGCAUAUUUGCAGAUCACAUGGGAAGAUAAGUUCAUGGAGAGAGAUAUGCGAGGUUACCUCCAAACGUUUAAGAAUAGGAUACGGCCAUUCGCCAUGGCCGGUUGCGCUGCAUAUGUCAAUUUUCCCGAUUCCUCAUUGAAGCCAGGUGACCACGAGACGGCGUAUUACGGCAAGAACCGAGACAAGCUACGCUAUAUCAAGGAGCUGUAUGACCCGCAUGAUUAUUCCAGCUGGGCCCACGGCAUUCAGCUUCCAGCAACCGACGAGAACGUCAAGGUUGACUACAACUAUUAUAGAAUGCAACUUGAUGAGGCGAACAGAGCUGCGGAAGAGCAGGACGAGUCCGACAACUUGUCCUCAGAUACAGAAUCUGUUAACGAGGAAACUUUGACUGAUGCCAUGGCAGCACGGCAUUGGAAGACCGGAAGUCGUAAGCUAGGGGAGGACUGGCCGGGGAAAUGUGCAGUUGACUUUCCAUUUCCGUCAGCCGCACAGGACGUAUUUUGGUAGAAC